AUGGACACCUCACAUAAAAAAAGAAAUAUCGAAGCUCCGUUCCCUUCUCAAAAACAAGGUUUAUUAAGAGAUAUCGGUAAAUUGUAUUAUGAAGCGAAUGAAGUACAACUUAUGGUCGGAGAAGAAGACGAAUCUAUCAUAUCUUCAUAUUUUCAAAAUCAAUUUUCUAACGAUCAAAAAAAAGAUGCUGAAUAUUUCAUUUUAAAAACAAAGUAUACAUCCAGAUGUAUUACGAUUACUACUAAAUUAAGUUGUAGUCGUGUAAUGUGA